AUGGCUGAGCAACGAGGCCGGGAACCCGAGGCUGAAUGCCCUGUCUGCUGGAACCCCUUCAACAACACGUUCCACACCCCCAAAAUGCUACACUGCUGCCACUCCUUCUGUGUGGAAUGCCUGGCCCACCUCAGCCUCGUGACUCCGGCCCGGCGCCGACUGCUGUGUCCACUCUGUCGCCAGCCCACUGUGCUGGCCUCAGGGCAGCCCAUCACUGACCUGCCCACAGAUACCGCCAUGCUUACUCUGCUCCGCCUGGAGCCCCACCACGUCAUCCUGGAAGGUCGUCAGCUCUGCCUCAAGGACCAGCCCAAGACCCGCUACUUCCUGCGCCAGCCCCGGGUCUACACUCUGGACCUAGGCCCUGAGCCUGGGAGUCAGGCCAGGCCCCCCCAGGACACGGCCCCUGCUACCGUGACCAUGUCCAUCCCUAGUCACUACUCUCUGCGGGAGUGUUUCCGCAACCCUCAGUUCCGGAUCUUUGCCUACCUAAUGGCUGUCAUCCUCAGUGUCACUCUGUUGCUCAUAUUUUCCAUCUUUUGGACCAAACAGUUCCUUUGGGGUGUGGGGUGA